UUUUGUACAUAGAGCAAAAUUCCCACACUUUUGUUUUUUUUGACACCCACAAACCUCUCUUUGGUGUUUCGUCCAUCUUCCACCAGAACGCAGAGAGCAAAUAAUCCCACGAAGGAAGUAAGACAGAACAAAAAAAAGGUUUCUGCAGCCCUUUUUUUUUACUUUGUCACUUCGUGGGGGUGGGUUCCAAUUUCCAAACCCUUUUUUUUUGGAUUGAUUAAGAGGAAAUUGGGUAUGGAAAUGGAACAUUCUGGUGUGCAGAAGAAUAGGGUGGUCAUCGUUGGAGGUGGAAUUGGUGGUGCUUUUGUUGCUUGCUCUCUCCAAUUUUGUGCAGAUGUUGUCCUUGUUGAUCAGAAGGAGUAUUUCGAGAUCCCAUGGGGGAGCCUGAGGUCAAUGGUGGACCCAUCUUUUGCUGAAAGAUUAGCGAUUAAUCAUUCUGAUUAUCUUCCCAAUGCACGGAUUGUGGCAUCUUCUGCAACUGACAUAACAGAGAAUGACGUGGUGACGGAAGAUGGUCAAUCGCUUCCUUAUGACUAUCUUGUCAUCGCUACAGGUCAUGUGAAUUCUGUUCCCAGAACUAGAGCUGAGAGGCUUAGUCAGUACCAGGCAGUGUCAGAGGAGAUAAAAUCUGCUAAUACAAUUUUGAUUGUGGGAGGGGGUCCUACUGGUGUGGAGCUCGCUGGUGAAAUUGUAUAUGACUUCCCAGAAAAGAAAGUGGUGUUGGUGCAUCGUGGGCCAAGAUUGCUAGAAUUUAUUGGUUUUAAGGCUUCCCAAAAGGCACUGGCUUGGUUGACAUCAAAGAAAGUUGAAGUGAUUUUGGAUCAGUCGAUCGAUAUGGGUAACAUAUCUGACGGUGUUGUUCAAACCUCUGCUGGAGAAACGAUAAAAGUUGAUUGCCAUUUUGAUUGUACUGGUAAACCAAUGGGUUCAUCUUGGCUUAGAGGGACUGUUCUAGAGGAUAGUCUGGAUAUAAAUGGAAGGUUGAUGGUUGACGAGAACUUGAGGGUCAGGGGCCAUAAAAAUGUCUUCGGUAUAGGAGAUAUCACUGAUAUUAAGGAGAUCAAACAAGGGUAUUUGGCACAGAGACAUGCUCAAACAACUGUCACAAACUUGAAGCUGUUGUUAACAGGAGGAAAAGAGAGCUGCAUGGUUACCUAUAAGACCAGUAUAAAUAUGGCAAUAAUUUCACUUGGGAGGAAAGAUGGUCUAGCUCAACUUCCAUUUCUGACGAUUUGUGGAUGGUUGCCUGGCUUGAUCAAAUCUGGUGACUUGUUUGUGGGAAAAACAAGGAAACAACUUGGAUUAAAUUUCUGAUCUUUAGCAGCCUUGAAAGUAAGUUGGAUUUUGAACAAACUGUCCUUUGUCAUUGUAUUUUUGAUAAAUUGUUCUCUGGCAACAAUGUAGUAUCAUUCGGCCCCAGAUUUUAUCAUGUUUAGUGGGUUCGACUUGAUCCUUAUCGAUCAAUAGCUGUUGAAGGUCUCAAGAACUAAGCUUGCAUUGGACUUUGCUGGACAUAAAGUGAGCUCUUCACCUCUGUGAACUCUAUUUCUAUUUUCCUGCAAUGGUGAUCCAUUGGGACAGAUAGGGUGUAAUGCUUCGAAUAUCUUUAUACCUUGAAAGGGCUAUCACUGUACUCCAACUUAUAUUACAAAAAGGAAAAUCAUACAAAUUUUGGCA